CUCUCGGCACACCGUAGGACCGCAGCAGUGUGACUGGUCGCGAGCUCCGAUGAUGAUGUGCCUGCUCGGGAACAUCAACACAAAGCUAAUCAGCUAGCUUAUACAGUAAAUGAGGAUGGAAAAUGUGGAAAACGUGGGAAAUGGACCCUCGGCCGAGACAGACAAGAACAUCAGCUCCCGGUGUACCUUCUUCAGAAGUGCAGACCUGAGUGACUAUCGUUGCGAUGUGAUUCUUAUGGUGAAGCGAGCCACUGGGACAUUUUCUCUGGUCGCAUGUCUUUUUAUGUUAUUUGUGAUAUGGCUCCUGCGCCGAUACAACUCCUUGGCUCAGAAAAUGAUUGCCUGUUUAACAGUUGCAGCAUUCUUUGACAGUGUUGCAUAUGUCAUGGGAGAGUCCCACCCGGAAGGCUCUCUGUGUGAUUUUCAAGCCUGGUGGUUGACAUAUUUUGAUUGGAAUGCUCUGGUAUGGGUAUGCCUCAUCACUCUGAAUCUUUACCUGAACUUGGUCAGGGAGGUCAGAACCGAACAUUUUGAGAUACCGUACCAUAUUGUAGCAUGGGGAAUCCCUCUUCUUAUGUCUAUUCUCCCCUUGGUGAAAGGAUACUAUGGUCCAGCUGGAGCCUGGUGCUGGAUCACUGAUGACCAUGUGGCCUGGAGAUUCGGCAUAUGGUACAUCCCGCUCUUCACCCUCAUCUUCCUCAUGAUGUGCUGUUACAUACGAAUCAUUUGUGUGGCCAAUAAGAGGAUGCAGUCCUGGUUUGGCACCUUUAAUCCAGAGAGGGAGCGAAGAAAGAUGUCUCUAGUUGAGGAAAUCCGACCUCUGAAAUGGUAUCCCUCUGUUUAUCUCCUGGUCUCCAUCUUCCCACUCUUAAAUCGACUUCAUAAUGCUGUGUAUCCCGAGGAGCCCGUGUUCUCCCUCACGCUCCUACAUGUGCUCAGUGCUCCUCUGCAUGGCCUGGCGAAUGCAUUUGUGUUUAGCAAAGACACCUGGAGUCAGCUCAGCAAUACUGGAUUCAAACUGGCCCUUCAGUCUCGACUGUGUGACAGCACCAGGAUCGGCGAGUAUCACCCAGCUAACGUGCGAUAUACAGUAGCGCUUGAGUCGGAGUCGGACGAUGAUGAUAACAAUGUCCUCUUCUACAGUCCUGAUAUGAGCUUGAAGGACAGAGGACCUUGAUUGAUUGUGUGUGUGUGAUUGUAUAUGAUGGCACAUUAGAGUUCAUAAAAGUUCUGUUGAAGAAUGUGCUGCUUUGACUAUUUCUCAUAUUGCUGUGUUGAAAAAAAAAUAACAGAGAAAAAUGCUUUUACAAUCAGAAAGUCCCCCUUUUCAGUCUAAGAAUAUACUGAAAUAGAAAGCCUCCGUUUUGUUGAAGCGCUCCAAUGUAAUAUUUUCAGUAUUGAUAGCUUUAGUUGCUUGAGAGUUGCUUUGCUUUGAGAAGUGUUUUGUACAGUUUUUAAAAAAGUAUUAUCUUCAGCUGUACAGUUUGUGUACUUGGAUGUCUGUUUUGAUGUUGAUUUGUCCAUGCUUUACUAUUAUUUAUGAAAAUGUACAGAGUGUCUGCUAUAUUUUUGUACUGUUUUCAAAUAAUUUAAAUUAAAAAUGUCAAUACUUGCUAAAGUUUA